AUGGCGGUCCAAUCCAAGAUAUCGGGCCACAUCCGCACGGUCCGCGGCGUGAUAACCACGCUCACGAAACUCUACCUCGCCAACCGCGGCCGCAUCUCCAAAGCCGUCUGGAUCACGCUCUUAGUAGCGCUAGUGAAUCGCGUGCGCCAUGCGAUAUCCGAGCAAAGGCGGCCUCGCAGCGCGACGCCGAGCUGCACCGCACCCGACGUAGCACGGUCUCCAUCGAGGACAACAGCGAGGGCGACGGCGCAGGCGCGGGUGGUGGUGCCGGGAUGGAAGACGAAGGAGGCGCGCCUCCUCAUCAGCCACUCGUUCUUUUUGGUCGUAAGGACGCUGAUCAGCGUCAAGGUCGCGGCGAUGGACGGCGCCAUCGUCAAGAGCUUGGUCAAGGGCAACGGGCGGGAGUUUUUGAUGAGGAUCGUGUGGUGGAUGCUAAUUGCCGUGCCGGCGACGUUUACGAAUUCAAUGCUUUCCUAUCACCAGGCUGAGCUCUCGCUCAAGUACCGGGCAAGACUAACACAGUUCAUCCACGAUAAGUAUCUAUCGCAACUCACCUUCUAUGGCCUAUCUGCGCUGGAUGAUCGGAUAAAGAAUCCGGACCAGCUGAUUGCUGUGGACGUGGCCAAAUUCUCCAACAGCUUGGCUGAGCUUUACAGCAACCUCGCCAAACCCCUCCUCGACAUGACCAUCUAUACCUAUUCCCUCUCCCGUAGUGUCGGAGGAGAGGGCGUCGUCUUCAUGGCGUUGCUUGUGCAGCUCUCAGCCAACGUGAUGCGCGCGCUCACGCCGCCGUUCGGCAAGUACGUGGCGGACGAGGCGAGACUGGAGGGAGAGUUUAGGUUCCAGCACUCUCGCUUGAUAGACUAUAGCGAAGAGGUAGCGCUGUAUGCGGGCCACGAGGCAGAGAAGGAUACCCUCGACAAGGGGUACUUCACCCUCAUCAAGCACGUCAACUACAUCCUCCGACGGCGCUUCUACCACGGCUUCAUGGAGGACUUUGUCAUUAAAUACUUCUGGGGCGCCCUCGGCCUGGUGCUCUGCAGUGUGCCUGUCUUCGUCAAGCUCCCGGGGCAAGUGGCCAUGAACACCGGAGAUAGGACGGAGAGUUUCGUCACCAACAGGCGCAUGCUCCUCUCGGCCUCGGACGCGUUUGGACGUGUCAUGUUCUCGUACAGGGAGAUUAUGGAGCUAGCAGGUUACACGUCACGGGUAGCUUCGCUGCUCGAUGUCAUGGAUGAUAUCCAGGCGGGCCAUUUCGAAAAGAGGCUCGUCUCGAGUUCCGGUACAGAAGACAACGAGGCGGUGCUCAAGGGCCGUGGAACUGCCUAUCAUCUCCCCAACGGCGACGUCCUUGUCAAGGCUCUCUCGUUCUCGCUCAAGCAGGGCGACCACUUGCUUGUGCUAGGGCCGAACGGAUGUGGAAAGUCGUCUCUAUUCCGCAUCCUCGGCGGCCUUUGGCCCGUCCGCGGCUCUCUCCGCCAACAAAUCAUCUACCCGGACAGCCUUCGGGGGAUGCGGGCCAAGUCUGUCACGGACGCAGAUCUCCUCAACAUUCUCACUUCACUGGGCCUCGAACACCUUGUAGAGCUGUACGAUGAGGGAUGGGAUGCGGAGGCGGAGUGGCGAGAUGUGCUAUCGGGCGGCCUACAGCAGCGCGUGGCAAUGGCGCGGCUCUUCUACCACAAGCCGCGUUAUGCGAUUCUCGACGAGUGCACGAGCAGCGUGACGCUCGAGAUUGAGAAGGCCAUGUACGAGGGAGCCAAGGCGCUGGACAUCACUCUCAUGACGGUGAGCCACCGACGCAGUCUGUGGAAGUACCACAGCUGGAUCCUGCAGUUCGACGGGCAGGGCCAUUACGUAUUUACCAAGCUCGACGCGGAUAAGAGGCUGAAGCUGGAAGACGAGAAGGAGGAGCUCGAGGUGCUGCUAAGGCAGGUACCCGAGCUGGAGAGGAGGAUGGAAGAGUUGACCUCUAGCUAG